UUUUCCUUAUUAAAAACCGGCCGGCAAAAAUGAAAGAGCAGUCCAUUUAAGGACAAACUGUGCAAUUUCUUCAUAACUCGCUCUUCGCCGGCGAACUUCUCCGAUCUCUUUUCCGACGACUCCAAGUUGUCAUCCAAAAUGUAUUUGGAAUCUCAGUUGUCAUGGAAUGUGAUAAUCCCUGCUGAGAACCUUAAUGUUGAAGGCUUAAUGCUUCAGAAGGCAAUUGUUGUCCGCCUCUUGGAAGACUUUGCUUCCAAGAAGGCUUCAAAAAAUCUUGGUUACUUUAUGGCUGUCACAACAUUGGAGAGGAUUGGGGAAGGGAGAGUUCGAGAACACACUGGUGACGUGCUUUUCCCUGUGGAAUUCAGCUGUGUUACCUUCAAGAUAUUCCGUGGAGAGAUCUUGGAAGGGGUUGUUGACAAGAUCUUGAAGCAUGGUGUCUUUCUGAGAUGUGGCCCCACCACCAAGGUAUACCUCUCUCAUCAGAAGAUGUCGGACUAUAAGUAUGUGCCUGGAGAAAAUCCCAUCUUUAUGAAUGAGAAGAUGUCAAGAAUUGAGAAAGACACUGUGGUGCGUUUCAUUGUGGUUGGAGCAAGGUAUGUGGAUGCGGAGAAGGAAUUCCAAGCAGUUGUGAGCUUGGAGGGUGAUUACCUUGGACCCAUCUCACAAAGUUCUGUUUAGAUUUAGGUUACUCGCCAUGAUUGGCUCAUUUUGGACAUGGACCAACGACAUGUAAAGCUAACUUCUGUAGCUAUAUCUGUGUUUAGUACUGUUUUGGAUUGAAUUUACUGUUUAUGUUGUUGACCCUC